AUGCCUGUCAAUGCCCGUGACCGCACUGCCUACAGAGCCGAUGAGAGAACGGCGCACAGCAUGCUGACCGACGAGGAUAGGUUGAGAAUGCUCAAGGCAAACCUUCCGGCGCCGACGGAGCUUCCAGCCGUGAGUCGAUCACUGCCGCUCUCACAACGACGGUCCCGGUCCCGGCUUGGUGUCAGGCGCUUCAUUCGGAAUCAGCUCCACGUUCUCAUCUUUGCCGUCCUGCAUGGCAUUUUCUCCAUCUACAUCCGCCUCCGGCAGACAGUCAACCUCGUCUGCUACCAAGUCUCGUCCGUCCUCUACUACCACCACGCGACGCCGCAGUACAUUCGAAAGGACAUCAUGGGCCUCAGCAGGAGACCCAAGCACCUCAGCGCCAUUCUCAAGACCGAGGAGAACUACAGGGCCAAGGCGGACUUGGACCGGUUGAUCGACCAGACGGCCGAGUUGGCUACCUGGUGCGCCUGUGCCGAGAUACCCAUGCUCUCGGUCUACGAGAAGACGGGUAUCCUGAAGAAGCACAUGCCUCGCGUGUACGAGGCCGUCAUCAACAAGUUUACCUUUUACGCCGCCGAUCAGCACCCGACCCUGUCCGUCACUUCACCGCAUCGAGACGAGUACUCGUCCUCCUCCCCGUCCGUCGACGAAGGCAGCCGAGGUCAUCUGAAGCUGCAUCUCAUCUCCGCGCAGGACGGUCGAGAGUCCAUCAUCGACCUCACCAAGACGCUCGCGGAUAUGUCGCAGAAGGGAAAGCUUUCCCCGCGAGAUAUUUCCAUUGAGCUCGUCGAUGCCGAACUUUCCGAGGGCAUCAUGCCGGAGCCGGACCUUCUACUCCUCUUCGGCCCGUACGUCGAACUUUCCGGCUACCCACCCUGGCAGGUUCGCCUCACGGAAAUUUUCUGCCUCCAGGACAACGAAAGCUUCGGGUACCAAGUCUUCGUCAAGGCUCUCCGCAAGUACGCCCAAGCUCAGAUGCGCCGUGGCAAAUGA